GAGUUUUUAAACUAGAAAACUUAAAAUUAAUCUAAUCCAAUCUAAUCUAAAAUCGAUUUAUUCAAAUUUAACCAACUCUUACUUACCAACUCAAGCCUUCUUAUCAAUCAUCAUCACCAUCUUAUCAACUUCAACUUCAUAUCUGUUCGAACUCAUCUAUCAUUCUAUUCAUUCUUAUCACUUAUCAUAUAUCAUUCUCAUUCUCAAACUCAUUCAACUAAAUCAAAUCAAAUCAAACUCAUCAUCAAACUCAUAACCAAACUCAUCAUCAAACUCAUCACCAAACUCAUAAUAAUCAAAUCAAACCCGACUACAAAAACAAUGAGUUGGCAACCACUAGACCAUCCAACCAAUCACAAUACCUCAACCUACCCAACCCAUCCCACAUACCCAUCCCACCCAUCAAACCAUACCAACGGUCAUGGUACCUUUACCACACCACAUCAACAUCCAUCAUCAUAUCCACCAUCAUCAACUCAAACUGUUUCAGAACUGGCUAAUUCGUUUUCUUCUGAUAACUUGAAUCAUCCUUCGAAGCUUUCGAAAAAUAAAAGACCUAGAUCUUUUAGGGAUAAACAGUGGGAUUCGGCUUUUGGUCCUUUGAGUCUCAAUACUUUUUUGAGGAAAGAUUGGAUCAAGUAUUAUGUUAUACUUCUUUUACUUAUUAUAGCAGUAGCGAUCGUAACAAUUUUUCAUCAUCAAAUUAUUGUUUCACUUAAACCUUUUGCAGAUGAUUUACAUGAUUUGAAAGUCGGGAAUGUAGAGAUCGGUUGGAUAAUUCCGAUUAUCAUUUUAUUUAUUAUAUCUUUUCCUCCUUUGUUUGGUCAUGAAAUUGUGAUUAUUAUUUGUGGUUUAGUUUGGGGACUUUGGAUUGGAUUUGCCAUCGUUUCGGUAGGUACGUUUAUUGGAGAAGUAGCUAAUUAUUGGACAUUUAAGUAUGCUUGUACUAAACGUGCUGAGAAGUUGGAAAGAAAAGAUUUGAAUUAUGCUUGUAUGUGUAUUGUGAUUAGAGAUGGAGGGUUUUGGAUUGCAUUUCUUGCAAGACUUUCAGCUAUUCCUUCACAUUUAAUCACACCUGUCUUUGCUACUACAGGCAUGAGUUUAUGGAUCUUUUCAACUGCUACCUUACUUUCGAUGCCUAAACAAUUAGCCGGAGUUUAUUUAGGCACCUUAUUUAAUUUAGAAUCUAAUACGAAAUCGACUUCAUCUAAAAUUAUUGAAUAUUUAGUUUUGAUUGUUUCUUUUUUGGUCACUGUGGUGGCUGCGAUGUUUAUUUAUAAGAGAAUGUCAAAGGCUAGACCGUUGGUUCAGGCUAGAUGGGAAUCUGAAAGGAUUGGUUCUAGGACGGGAUUGGAUCAUCAGAGUGACGGUCAGGUUCAUCAUGUGGAUCCUUAUUAUGGUAACGGAUUGAUUUCUUCUGAAUGGGAGCCUAUCAGAGAUCGAUCUAUCGAGGAAAAUCUCAGAAUGGGAAGGACAUCAGAAGAUGAUUGGUCAAGUUUAGAACAUGGUGUAUUUCUUCAAUCUAACCAUUCUUUUCCUGAUGAUCGUCAUUUGGAAGUCGAUCAAGAAUUGAUUCAUCAUACACCACUCUUGCCGGUUUUUAUUAGAAAAGAUUUAAGGGAUCGGGAUGGGUUGAGUCCUACUUAUGCUUCUAGAUCAGGUUGAAUAAAUGAUUAGGAGAUCUUUGGUUUUUUUUUUGGUUUUUUUUGAGAAGAAUUUGUAUGAUUUAUGAUUUUUUUCGUUUUGGGUUUGUGGGUCCUUUUUUUUAUGCUUGGGAUGGAAUUUUUUUUUUUUUUGGGAAAAAUAUCGAAAGGAUUGGGUUCUUUUGGGAAGUUCAUUUUUUUGAAGAUGAUAAUUUGGAAUUUUGGAUGAUUUGGUCUUUGCAUUUUUGGGAUUUAUAUCUUAUUUUUUAGGAUGUAAGAAGAGGAAAGGAAAGGAAAAUCUAAAUGGAAACUGUUUUUUUUUUGCAUUUUGCAUUUUUCUUUGUGAUGGUUGAUGAAUUUUUUCAAUUUUUUUAAUUUUUAAAUUUCCAAGAAGGGGUUUUUUUGUUGUUAAAUUUUUUUUUGAUAAAUUGAUGAUGAUGCAAGAAAAAAAAACUAAUUUUGUUGUAAUUUUUUUUGAUUGUUUUUCUACAUAUGACAUACAUGCAUACAUCUUUUAUCGAUUUUUUAUUUUC